AUGGCAAAGCGCCAGACUGUAACGAUGGCCAACGGCACCGCUUUGCCGCAGCUCGCGGCGCUCGCGCUCGCCGUGCUGACGUCAUUCUGGAUGCUCAACGGAGUAGCGCAGCCGGCGCUGGCGCACCGGACGCUCAAGCCCUCUUCCGGGCACGUCGGCGACUUCGAAACAGACAACAUGGGAAACCCCGUGAACCACUACGCGUGCGGUUUCUAUGACAAUACGGACCUGAGGGACGCGGGGCUGGCACACCAGCCGUGCUAUGGGGUGGACGGUUCCAUCCAGUUUUGCUGCCUUUCCGGAAGCUCCAAGUGCUCUUGCCCCGCGGCUGCCGGGUACAACGUCGGCUGCUUCAACUAUGAGGACGGCAACAGCUUGAACGCCAACACCGGGGAGGAGUGCGGCUACUUCCUCCCAGAAGAGGCGUCCACGCGGCGCGGGCUAGCCGAUAGCGUCUGCGUCUGCCCAUCGAAUGACCUGUGUACUCGCACGUUCGACCAGAGUUAUAAUGCCAACACUCUCCGGUGCCAGCCAUCUGGGACCAACGGCUCGCCGCAGCGCUGCGAAUAUGACAAGUAUACGGGGGUGAUCCAGGCGAAUAAGACGUGCUGCCCGUAUACUGCUUCGUGCUAA